AUGGACCCGCUCACAUUGUGCGUUUUACUGUUUAAAUUCUACUUCUUGGUGACAGCGGCGGAAUAUCACAGAGAUACUCAAGGUUCCAUUACAGUUCUGGAUUUUACUGCCUCUCUUUUACCUAGCAAAGCUCAAUUCCUGUCCGGGGAGGGGGAUUUUGAUUCUCCGAAACUUAACUUUGUGAACGAGACUGUCUAUGACUGGUGGUAUUUUGACGCGGUGUCAGAUGAUGGAGACUCUUCUAUAACCGUCUGCUUCUUUACAAGUUCCUCUACCGCAUUUCCUUUUCUGGUGCCUAACAAGGGAAUUCUACCCGUCUAUAUAUGGGCAUCCUUCCCCAAUGGGACCGUGUCUGUAUAUGCGGUCCACUCCCAAAAAGCGGUUAUUGAAACAUCUAGAGAUGGUUACGCAGGAAUAUACCACCCUAUAGAAAUGGGAUGGCAGGGCUCUGCAGAUCUUUCACGGUACCGUGUAUUCUUUAACGAUACAGUUCAUGGAAUCAAAGGCACAUUUGAUAUCAGAUCUGUAGCGCCACCACAUUACCCAUGCAGCGCCGCGUCUCGGAAUGUGGAUGUGCAAGUUUGCCCACAUGUUGGGUGGGCCAACGCCAUACCCGAUGGUAAUGCAUCGGUUGACAUGACAAUCGCAGGGUCAAGGCUCCGGUUUCAUGGUUCUGCAUAUCACGAUAAGAACUGGAGUGAUGUGCCUUUCACGUCGACAACAAGAACAUGGUAUUGGGGCCGUACUCGAAUUGGCCCAUACUCAGUCGUUUGGUUCUAUGUGCUUACUCCACAGCAUACGGAGCACGCCAGUGCUUAUAUUGCCGACAAUGGGAAAGUACGCCAUGCUGCGUGCGCCGGGGUAAUAGUUACGCCCAUACUAAAUAAAAAUGCCCCCUCUGCUACAGAUACUCUACCUAUUGGAUUUCGCGUUGAAUUCAACACUCCUGGAGAACAUUCACCUCUGGUUAAUAUAACUAUAUUCAACGGCCUGGUAAUCGCUUCUGCUGGGCCAUCGUAUACACGGUGGAUUGGAAAUUCGACCGGAUGUGUGAUGGGGGAUUGCGGACUGCAGGGACUUGGGACGCUUGAGCAGUUCCAGUUAUGA